UUCCCGCUGGGGCGGCGAGGAUGUCGGUGAAUUACGCGGCGGGACUGUCGCCGUACGCGGACAAGGGCAAGUGCGGCCUCCCCGAGAUCUUCGACCCCCCUGAGGAGUUGGAGCGGAAGGUGUGGGAGCUGGCGCAGCUGGUCUGGCAGUCCUCCAACGUGGUGUUCCACACAGGUGCUGGGAUCAGCACCGCCUCGGGCAUCCCUGACUUCAGGGGCCCCCAUGGCGUCUGGACGAUGGAGGAGCGGGGCCUGGCCCCCAAAUUCGACACCACCUUUGAGAGCGCGCAGCCCACGCAGACGCACAUGGCCCUGGUGCAGCUGGAGCGCGUGGGCCUCCUCCGCUUCCUGGUCAGCCAGAACGUGGACGGGCUGCACGUGCGCUCCGGUUUCCCCAGGGACAAGUUGGCAGAGCUCCAUGGAAACAUGUUUGUAGAAGAGUGUGUCAAGUGUAAGACGCAGUACGUCCGGGACACCGUCGUGGGCAGCAUGGGCCUCAAGGCCACGGGCCGGCUCUGCACCGUGGCCAAGGCGAGGGGGCUUCGGGCUUGCAGGGGGGAGCUGAGAGAUACCAUCCUGGACUGGGAGGACGCCCUGCCUGACCGGGACCUCACUCUCGCCGAUGAGGCCAGCAGGAAUGCAGACCUGUCCAUCACACUGGGCACCUCGCUGCAAAUCCGGCCCAGCGGGAACCUGCCCCUCGCCACCAAGCGCCGAGGAGGCCGACUGGUCAUUGUCAACCUUCAGCCCACAAAGCAUGACCGCCACGCCGACCUCCGUAUCCAUGGCUAUGUGGACGAGGUCAUGACCAGGCUCAUGAAGCACCUGAGCCUGGAGAUCCCCGCCUGGGACGGCCCCCGCGUGCUGGAGAGGGCGCUUCCCCCCCUGCCCCGCCCACCUGCCCCCAAGCUGGAGCCCAAGGAGGAGGCCCCCACCCAGCUCAACGGCCCAGCACCCGCCAGCCCCAAGCCGGAGCCCUCAGCAGAGCCCUGCACCCAGCACAAUGGCUCCGGACCCGCCAGCCCCAAGAGGGAGCAUCUGGACAGUCCUGCGCCGCACAGGCCCCCCAAAAGGGUGAAGGCCGAGGUGGCCCCCAGCUGACCCGGGGGCCCGGGGAGGGUGGGGCUUUUUAUAGAAACCAUGGAUUCAUCUUUUCUUACUGGUCUCACUUUGUUACUUGUACCUGCCCGUGGGGGUGGGGGGGGGCGACCUCAGGGGGCUGAUUGCCGGGCUCCAGACCCCAGGGCAGGCUCACCCUCCACUGCCUCUCUCUCUAGCUCUAGGGGCCUCCGGUGUGGGCCUGGGGAGGAGCAUUUACACCCUGGACAUGGACCUUGGAUCUGACACCCCAGGCAUCUGCUCCUUCUGGGCCCCAGCCCCUGACUCAGGAUGUUCUGGGGAGGUGUGGCCAGGCCCUCCCUAGUUCCCGGUGUAAACAAGGUUAACUCUCUCUGGCCCUGGGCCCUCACACUCCCCUUCCCCUGCCCCCCCCCCAAAUCGCCUUCAUAGUCCCUCCGGGAGGUGGGGGGGGCGGCGCAGAGUCACCAUUCAGGAGCCAGACUUCAUGGUGGCACAGACAAUGGGGUUUACACUGCCUCUGGGGCUAGAGGGAGAAAGGGGUGUGUCCACCUGGCUGCCUCCAGACUUCCAAAGAAGUCUUCAAUGCAAUAAAAGCAGAAAUUCUUGCAUCUGAGUCUGUGUUUGGCAUUCAUAACCUUGUGCCAGGUCCUAGUCCUGACAGGACUGCAUGGUCCCCUUGCCCCUGUGGACCCUGCUGGGCCUCUCUGCAAACCAGGCCUGGAGGCGAAGGAGGAGGGGCAGUACCACACCUGGCAUUCCUGGAGCCCCCAGUGUGUGAUGAUGUGCCUGUGUGCGUGGUUUCUAAAUAUUUGCCCCCCACUGC